AUGGCAGAGGAAGUGCCUCUCGAACCUGCGAUCAUUGCACAUGGAGCUUUUCCUGAAUCUCAAUGCUCAUUGUGGGGAUGCAGAAGACGAGUUCACUUCGCAAGUGCCCCAUACUGUUGUGGUGUUCACUGCCUAGCUGCGCUGGAUAACAGCCUUUUACAAAGCCCACUAAUGUUUUCGUACAAGUACGAGAUCUUACAGUUGGAGAACUCUAUCUGUCUCAAGACACUUGAUACAUUCAAGUCGAAUGUAAACCCAGGAAUCCCUGACAUCGUUACCAACCUGCUGGAAAAUUAUCCAUGGCUUCAACCAGAUAGGUUUGGUUUAAAACUUUUUAAACGGGAGAAGUUUCGUGGUUGGAUAUUUGUCAACCCGUAUGAUGUUCAUAAGGCUCAAGAUUCUAUUUGGAAGCACGGCUACGUUGUCAGGAAAAACAAUAUGGAAUGUACUAGGUUCACGCCGAAUUUCCCUCAAGACCCCAACAUCGCUAAGCUUUGGGUGUUAUACCGCUACUCUAUAGUUGUUGAAGGAGAUGUGAAAAAAGGUCUAUUCAUCAUGCUGUACAAGCCAAAAACCAUUGCCAUAGCUGAAUGUGAAAUGCUCGCUCCUCUUACCACAGAACGUAGUGUAACCAUCCUCACAGCUGAUACCUUUGAUGGUACUGUUUUUGAUGCAGAAAAGUAUGCCUUGGUCAUGGUUUUCAAACCAGGGUGUAACCUGUGCAAUACCUUAGCUCAGACUUAUAAAAAAGUUGCAGCAGUUUUUCACAACUAUGAUCAUUUAGUUCUCGCAUCAAUUGAUGUUUCAGCAGACAGACACAUCGAGAUAUGCACGGAACUUGGUGUAAAGACAUACCCUGCAGUAAUGUUCUUUCAUGAGUCAGCAGGAGAGGUUAUCGAGAAUGGCUGGCUGUUUGACUUGGAAGAUUUUAUAAGCUUGAUAAAAGUCAGAAUUGGCCUUCAGAGAAUUGUUAAUGAAGUGCAACAUCCACCAGCUGAUGGUGUUGAGCAUUUCGACCCUUCGGCUGUGGCUGUAUCACAGUACCCAGAGACCGAAUGCAGUCUCUGGGACUGCAAGAGGAGGGUUCCCACUGAAACAGGUGUUUACUGUUGUGAGGAUGACCGGAUUAUAGCUGAGCGGGACAUUCCUCCUGGUGGAAGGACAAUUUGGAUGGAAAGCUACUCCAAACAAAUUCUGAACGCAGAGAGAACCACAUUUAGGCUUAAUUUCCCUGACAACGCCGAAUACUCUAACAAGACUUGGUCUUUGUAUCGCUACUCAGUGGUAGUUGAAGGAGAUGUGAAGAAAGGGUUAUUUCUCAUGUGCUGUGAACCAAAGGUCAUUUCAUAUCUGACAGGGGAUACUGCAAGGCUUGCUCCGUUCACCACUGGAGAUAAUGUUGAUGUGCUGACUGAUGAAAGCUUUGAGGAUAUGGUUUCUAGAGAUAAAGAUGUCCUAAUCAUGUUUUUCAAACCUGGGUGUAACCUUUGCAAUGAGUGUGGUGAGAAAGUGGGAACUGCUUUUAAGGAUGAAGCAAGUUUGGCUUUUGCAUCGUUCGAUAUGUCAGUACCUGAACACAUCGAGAUCUGCAACGAGUUUAAUGUAACGCACCACCCGACACUACUCCUUGUUUCAGAGAGUCUGGUCGAGGCAAAGUCGUUUCAGAACGUGAAAGAUUUUCUUGGGUUUAUCUGUGAUAAAGUUGGCCCGAAACCAAUCUAA